AUGACAUCGGUUUCUCUUCAUGGCGUAGCUGAUACUUUGUUACCGCAGUACGAAAAGUACGCUUCAGCACUUGAAACAGCUGCGGCCGCCUUCAGGGAAGUAGAAGCUCUUUUCAACGAUUCCACUUUCAUUGAGAAGGUCGGUUGGAAGGUAGACGAGGAAAACGAUGAAGGCGAUGUGGUCUAUGCAAAGUACACACCCAAGGGCAAAAUGGUCUCCAUCUCGACCGAACUGCCUCUUGAUGUCGAGUCAGUGAUGAAUGAGACGUGGACGGGUGUAGAAGGACUACCAAAAUGGAAUCCAAACAUUAAUUUCGCCAAAACCAUUGCAUCUCCCACAUCUCAUUUCGAUAUUGUUACAUAUGGAAACAAUGAUGUGUUGAUCGUGAGUGGGAGGGACUUCAUUUCUGCACGAAUCUAUCGGAAGACGCCAUUAGGAUAUAUUCUUGCAUCGCGCAGUGUGAAAGUGAAGGAGUAUCCGGAACAGAAAGGUAGAGUGCGGUAA